ACAGGUAGAGAUAAAUGAUAAUGUUUAAUGUUUGUUUGAUAAUUGUCGAUUAAUUUAGUAAACAGAAAAGUGCAGAAAAGGAAACUUAAAUUAAAAUAUCUCAUAAAUAUAAAGCAGACGAACUAUAUUAAAAUGUCGAUUGGAUCUGUUUACGAAAAAGCUUACAAAGGGGACUUCAAUCAAGUAAAAGUACAACUAGAUGCAGACGCAUCAUUAAUAAGGGCACCGGAUUCUAAUAGUCGCCUUCUUAUUCAUUGGGCUGCUCUUGGAGGGAAUGAAAAUCUUGUAGAUUAUUUGUUACAAUGUGGUUCUCCCGUUGAACCACAAGAUGACACCAACACAACCCCCUUAAUAUUGGCUGCUUCAGCUGGUAGAUUUGAAGUAGUCAGGUUACUAGUAGGCAAAGGAGCAAAUGUUAACCACAAAACAAAUCGUAGUCAAACAGCUUUACAUUAUGCUUCUUCAAAAGGCCAUAAAGAGGUUAUCAAAUUUCUUAUUGAAGCAGAUGCUAAUGUCAAUAGCAUUGAUGUGUUAGGUGCUACUCCACUACAUAGAGCUGCAGCUCAAGGAAAAACAGAUAUAGUUGAAAUUUUAUUGAGUUCUCCCCAUAUUAAGGUGAAUUUAUGUGACUCUACUGGCAAUACACCACUGCACUUGGCAUGUGAAGAAGAAAGAGAAGGUGUGGCAACUAUGCUGGUGAAAGCUGGUGCUCAAAUAGAUGUAAAAAAUAAGGAGGAAAAGACUCCCCUAGAUUUGACCUCAUUUAAGUUAAAACAAUCAUUACUAAGAUUAACUGAAUGAUUUUUUUGUUAUUGAAAUAUAUGAUUAAAACAA